AUGCAGCGCUCUGCUUUCCUCGCUCUUGCCGCGGCCUUUGUGGCCCCGGCCCUGGCUGCUGAUGGUGCGCCCCAGGACACCUCGACUUCGACCGUGGUGUCGGCCAUGGUGCUGGCCUGUAUCAUGGCUGGUAUCUUCAGCGUCUUGUUCAUUGUCCUGCGCCCGCGCUUCAGGAACAUCUACCAGCCCCGCUCCUUCCUCUCGAAGCCGGCUAGCCGCAACGUCGAGCCCCUUGACUCGAGCCUUUUUGGCUGGAUCAAGCAGUUCAUUGCUACUCCCGACUCCGAGGUGCUUCGCCGCAACGGUCUUGACGCGUACAUGUUCAUCUCGUACAUCAACAUGAUUCUCUGGAUCAUUGUCCCGAUCUGGAUCAUCAGCUGGAUCUUUUUCCUUCCCCUGUACUCGGCCAACCUUCCGGGUCGUAAGAACGGUUUCAACAUGUUCACUUUCGGCAACAUUGUAAACUCCGACAAGCAGAACCAGAACCGUGCCGCUGGUGUCCUGAUCAUGAACUAUGUGUUCGUUGCCUGGAUCCUUGUCAACAUCCACUGGCGCAUGAAGCACUUCAUUCAGCUCCGCCAGGAGUUCAUGACCUCGCCCGAGCACGCCAACACUGAGCAGGCCAAGACCAUGCUCGUCACCGGUGUGCCGAACGAGUACCUGUCCGAGACCAAGCUUGCUCAACUCUACGGCCAGCUCCCUGGCGGUGUGCAGAAGGUGUGGGUGAACCGUAACAUGAAGGACCUCCCCAAGAAGGUCGAGCUCCGCGACAAGCUUGUGCUCAAGCUCGAGGGUGCCGUUACCAAGCUCACCAAGACUGCCUUCAAGCUCGUCAAGAAGGGCAAAGUCGAGGGUGUCUCGCUUGAUGCUCAGCCCUCGGCUGACCUUGCCGAGCGCAUCGUUCCUGAGAACAAGCGCCCCACCCACCGCCUCGGCAAGAUCCCCUGCUGCGGUGAGAAGGUCGACACGAUCAACUACUGCCGCACGGAGAUCACUCGCCUGAACCAGGAGAUCAACACCGAGCGUGAGCGUGCCAUGAACGACUACGAGAGCUACCCUCCCCAGAGCAGCGCGUUCGUUCUCUUCAACCAGCAGCUCUCUGCUCACCUUGCCGCCCGCACUGAGGGUUGCCACGAGCCGUACCGCAUGGCUGAGCGUUGGGUUGAGGCUCACCCCAAGGAUGUCAUCUGGUCGAACUUGAGUAUGAACCCCUACGAGAAGAAGAUCCGUACCGUUCUGUUCUGGGUUGUUACGUGGGCUACCGUCAUCUUCUGGUGCAUUCCCGUCGCUCUUGUUGGUGUCUUUGCGCAGGUCGACUACCUUGAGACCAAGGUGCCUUUCCUGGGCUGGAUCAGCAUGAUUCCCAACAUUGCCAAGGGUGUUCUGAAAACGGUCCUGCCGCUUGCUGCUCUCGCUGUGCUGAACAUGCUCCUGCCCGUCUGGCUGCGUUUCCUCGCCAAGCAGAGCGGUAUCCCGACCAAGAACGGUGUUGAGCUUAGUCUGAUGACCCGUUUCUUCAUCUUCCAGAUCAUCCAGAACUUCUUGUUCCUGUGUAUCAUCCAGGGUUCGAUGAGCCAGGUGACUCAGUUCGUCAACAAGAUCGUGCCGAGCCCUGAUAUUCCUGGUUUCGUGUCUACGAUCUCGACUGCCAUCCCGCCGUCGUCGACUUUCUUCCUGCAGUGGGUGUUUGUCGCUGGCUUUGGUGCUGCUCCGGGCAUGUUCCUGAUGAUUGUUCCCCUUAUUGUCUACUACGUGAAGAUGAUCCUGCUUGGCUCCACCCCCCGUACCAUCUGGCAUCUGAAGAACGACAUGGGUGCGCCUUCGUUCGGUACGCUCUUCCCGGCCACGCUCCUCAUUGUCGUCAUCUUCCUUGGUUUCAUGAUCCUCGCCCCGGUCAUGAACGGUUUCGCUGCCCUUGGUAUGUUCUGCCUUUAUAUGGCCUACCGUUACCAGUUCCUCUACGUCUACGACUUCAAGCCGCAGAACGAGACUGGUGGUCUGUAUUUCCCCAAGGCUAUCAGCUUCACCUUCGCUGGUAUCUACCUCGGCACCCUGCUCGUCGCUGCCAUGUACCUGUUCAACACUGGUAGCAACCCCACCGCCUUCAUUCCCUUCGGUGUGCUGACGGUGCUGCUCCUUGUCAUCAUCUUUGCGUACCACUACUUCUUGAUGAACUCGUAUGGUCCUCUUCUCAACUCGCUCCCUCUCGACCUGAGCCUCAAGAACUCGACCGAGCAGGCCAGCAACGUCCAGGCUCUGCAGGCCCAGCCCCAGCAGCCCGCUCUCCCCGAGAAGGACGCUUACUACGUGAACAACAGUGCGCCGGCCAUCCCCUCGUCGCACGUUGUCCAGAUGGAGGACCCGCAUCAGACUGCCAUCAAGUCGAAGUCGGAGCACGACUCGAAGAUGAACGCGUUCUACCACCCCGCUCGCACCUCGAAGCAGCUUGUCCUGUGGUACCCCAACGACAACUUCGGUAUCGGCCGCUCGAAUGUCGCUGCGGACUACAACGCUGGCUACGAGGCUACCACCGAGCAGGCCUGGAUCACUGAGAAGGGCAAGGUCGAUGAGGACUCCGAGUUCGCCCCCGGCGAGUAA